AUGAGUUCUUCAGAGGAGGCCCUCGUCUCUGCCCUCGGUCACAACGAGCUAGGCGUGGCAGAUAUUGCGGUGCAAACGAUCUCUCUCGUCAUUGCAUCUCUUGUGGUAUAUCUGCGGCUGUGGUCGAGACAUUUACGGUUAGACCCAUUGACAUACGGUGACUGGUUCAGCCUGGUGGCUCUGGCUCUCAUCAGUGGCCGUUAUGGUUUAGAGAUUGUCCUCGUCUUGCACUGUGGAGCUGGCCUCCACACGGCUGAAGUUAUUCGGACUGACGGCAGUGCGAAUAUGAAUCAAUUUAUUCAACUUGCAUACACGAGUGAUCUACUACGGGUCACGGUUGCUGGGUUGAUCCAGGUGGCGAUACUUCAACAUUAUCUCCAUGUGUACCCACGCACGUUCAUGAGGUGGCCGAUAUUCAUACUACUGGGCCUGAGUCUCUCUCUGUGGAUGACAAGCUUGGUAGCGACAGCCGUUAUCUGCGUUCCGUCCAAUCUUGUCCAGCUGAGCAGCUCUCAUAAAGAGUUGUACAUGCUACAUAUUGGCGCAUCUGUGACCGAGUUGAUCCUCAAUGGGCUAAUUCUGCUCGCUUCAUUACCAAUUCUGAAGAUCACCCUCUUCACAGCGGCACGGAAAAUCGCCACAGCAUGUAUCUACAUGCUUGCAUCGAGCAUACUCAUCAUCUCUGGGAUUCGAAUCAGAAUGGAAAUUCAAGGCAAUUCGGGAGAUUUCACAUUCGAGUACGCACGUACGUCCCUCUUGUCAACAGCCAUACUAGUGCUGGGUAUCAUCACCUCAUCGCUGCCUUUCAUGUCACCAGCAGCGGGGAGAAUAUUCCAGACGUCGCUCUUUUCGCCAUCUGUAGAAGGCGUCACCAUGAGUCCCGUGUUAUUGGAUGAUAGAGAAAAUACCAUUCUCCUCGGUGUGCCGGCAGUCGGCCGUCCAACCCCCAUGGUGACUGUGACGAUGCCUCCGAUCGUCAAAUGUGUCAGUGAGCGGGCUCGAGAGCAUAUCACCAUAACUUCAGACUGGGAGAUCCACUCAACGAGGAAUUCGACGCGGAUAGAGCGUUUCUCGAUGCGACGAGGUGGAUUAUAA